UGACCUCCACCACUGCUGUGUGCACCGCUGGGAUCCUCAUCGCCCCAGUCCUCGUCGUUGACGUCCUCGUCUGCUGCCGCCGUACCUUCCUCCUCGUCCACGUCCAUCAAAAUCGCGCCACCAUGGCCACCCGAGAGCGCACCGCCAGCGCCUGGAGAUGGAAGAUCAUGUUGCUGCGUCGGCUUCGGUUUCUUCGAAACCGCUCGGC